CGUCGGCUCGCUUAGCGUGUUCUUCCAUGGCAAAUCUUCUCCUCGAAUGCGUUCGAUUGCUCUGCCCUUCUCCCGCCCGCCCCCGCAUUCACUGAUAUGGCUACAUCGCCUGCCGAAAUCGCCCGCCUGUUUGCGGAGCUCGCCUCCCGUAUCCAGAGCCCCCAAGAUGACACUGAUGGUGGCGAUGGCGUUGGCCCUGGGGGGGAAUUGGCCUCGGCCAUCUCUUCCCUCGCCGCCUCACUCAGUUUCGGCGACGCACCCAGGGUUGGGGUUUUGAACGCGGCGCUCUCACUCAUGUGCUUCAGAGCCUCGGAGGUGCACAGAGCUAGGGUUGAGUGCCUCGUCGGGACCAUCGUCGCGAUGCUCUCCUCCUCCGUUUCUUGCAGGGUCUUGCGUCUUCCAGAUAAAAGGGAUGAAGGAUUCCUGAGGAUCGGGACCUCGUUCUCUUCUGAAGAUUGCGUACAGUUGAUACGAGUCUGUGUGGAUGUUUUGGCUAGUUUGAAAGGCCAUUGUGGUGCAGGAGAUUUGCAUGCUCUUCUAUAUGCUGUGGUGAAAGCAGUGAUAUCAUCAUCUACAUAUCAAGGUUUACUUCCUUCAUUGCCGAUAGGCUACUUGAGAAAUGAAGACACAGAUUGUGGUGUCCAAACUGAAAUAUCAAAGCUAGCAUACUCUUUAUCUGAUCAGACAUCUUGCACUGGACAUGAAUUUCCAUUGAGGUUACAAUUUUGGUAUCUUGAUCCAUUGAUUUUAAAGCAUGACAUAUCGGAAAUAUUAAAGGAAGUAAUUCGAAGACCUUUCCUUUGUUUGAGGAAAGAAUUGCACGAUCGAAUGAGUUGGCGCAACAUAAUAACUUGUUUGGUAACCUCUCCAACUUUCUUCAAAGAAACAAAGGCCACAUUGCAUACAUGGUUUCUAUUCACGGGUUUGACAUCUGUUUUGGAUCUUAAGAUUGGCAUAGUUUUAUCAGUGUUAGAUAUACUUUCGAGGCCUAUGUGGUGGGGAGUGCCAGUUGAAUUGGGAUUGAGAUUUCCAUCUUCUUAUGCCUAUUUCUCCAUCAGACAUCAUGAUCUUCUGACCAUACUAACUGGACAACUAUCAUGCAAAAACCUACUGCAUCUAGUUCAGUACAUAAAAACAGAAGUCGCUAUCUUAUCAAAUAUAUGCCAAAGUGCUUCUCAUCCUUCAGUUACAAAUUACAAUCAUGAGGGCUUAGCUAAUGUGAUAGGUAGUAAUUCUGCCUGGUCAGUUUUGAUAGACUUUCCAGCUUGGUUCUAUUUUGCAAAUGCACUAAUCUUCUACAGAAAUAGCUCUCAAGAUUACUUGUCCGAAGCUCUAUGUGGUAGAUUGAGAACUGAGCCAGUGAAUGAUUUGGAACUGCAUCGAGCUGCUCUUUACUAUAUUUCCUGGGUUUUAUGUCCGAUUGGUGAAGCUCAUCGUGAUAUGCUGGCUGAAAAUAUAGAUGAAUUAUCAAGGUCUUUUGUGACGCAACAUAAAGCAAAAUCUAUCUAUGAAGAAAGAUCAUUCUCAGAUAUGCAUCCUAAAAAUGUGCUUAGCCGCAGUAAGAAACUUAAGAUUCCAAAGGCCAAUAGCUUUGAGAAGCAUCGAAUGGCUCCCCAAGAAGUGAGCAGCCUGAAUAUAGGAGUAUGGCUCGAAAAUUUUAAUGCUAUUCAUAUUGAAGUGUGCAAUGAAAACACUGCCAGCAAUGUUCAGUCUGCAGUAACAUCAGAACAAGAUGCCAACAUGAAGCCUAAUUUAUUAUUGGCAAGAGUUCCUCUAGGCAUACUUCUUGUGUCCCCUAGUUAUCUAGAUGAAUUGGGAUGUGAGAUACUGCUACAUUAUGCUGCCACCGGUGAAACUAUGCUAGCAAAGGAGAUACGGAAAUUAAAAGAUCACUAUGGUUAUAGUGAUUUAGGAGUCUUGUUCCAUAGUGAUCCAAGCAAAUGGGCACUGAAAGGUGCCUGUCUGGUAUUUAAUUUGUUAGACGUAAUAGAGGACAUGUCAAUAAUGUUGUUCGACAGUGAAGAUAAUCGGAUUGGUUUUGUUAACCAGAUGAAAGGCAAGGCUGGUCGGUUUUUAAUCCGGUGCCUCAGAAUGUUGCUUAACCACCAGGAGAUCGAGAUCGAUGGAGUUGCAGUAGGAGACAUGAUGUUGGAUGUUCAUCAUAGACUGCUGAAGUGGAAUAAACUAGGACUAGGAAUGUUUGAGGGAUACAAGGAAUUUGAUGAUUUUGUUGGUGAGCUCUCCAAAAGAUGUCAACUUUCUGACUGAUGGUAUGAAGAACUGAUGAGGCUACCAUGGCAUACUGGUGAGGCGAUGAUCAGAAAUGUGUGGGUUCCUAUGGAUGGAAGUCUUUUAAGAAUUGGAAGCAAUUCAAUCAAUCAAAUCAGACAUAGUGUUUAUAUAAACUUUUUUCUAGCAAAAGUUCAAAUCUCCUGAUAGUUGAAGCCAUACUUAUUGGCUUUUGUUGGAGCAGCAAAUACAUGCAUGCGGUCCAGUUACAUGUACAUAGGCUUCUCCAUGACUGUCAACCAGAAUGUACUUCAACUAGUGAUCAGAUGAAGAAGAUCUAACUUGUACAUACUAUUUAGUGUUUUAUCUAAGAACUUAUAUUUGCAAA